AUGGAGCCGCUGGCCGCCGCCAGUCAGCUGGGAGCGGGGCGCGAGUCUGGCUCCUCCUCCUCGUCCUCAGCUUCGUCCUCUUCCUCGUCCUCCCCUCACUCCAAGCAGGAGCUGCAGCCCUACGCCGGCUCCAGCCCUCUGAAGCCCAACCAGGUCGGGGAGACCUCCCUCUACGGCGUCCCCAUCGUGUCGCUGGUCAUCGACGGGCAGGAGCGCCUCUGCCUGGCGCAGAUCUCCAACACGCUGCUCAAGAACUACAGCUACAAUGAGAUCCACAACCGUCGGGUGGCGCUGGGCAUCACCUGCGUGCAGUGCACGCCGGUGCAGCUGGAGAUCCUGCGCCGAGCCGGCGCCAUGCCCAUCUCCUCGCGCCGCUGCGGCAUGAUCACCAAGCGCGAGGCCGAGCGGCUCUGCAAGUCCUUCCUGGGCGAGCACAAGCCGCCCAAACUGCCCGAGAACUUCGCCUUCGACGUGGUGCACGAGUGCGCCUGGGGCUCCCGGGGCAGCUUCAUCCCCGCGCGCUACAACAGCUCCCGCGCCAAGUGCAUCAAGUGCAGCUACUGCAGCAUGUACUUCUCGCCCAACAAGUUCAUCUUCCACUCGCACCGCACACCCGACGCCAAGUACACGCAGCCCGACGCCGCCAACUUCAACUCCUGGCGCCGCCACCUCAAGCUCAGCGACAAGGGCGCCACCGACGACCUGAGCCACGCCUGGGAGGACGUCAAGGCCAUGUUCAACGGCGGCACCCGCAAGCGGACCUUCUCCUUGCACGGCGGGGGCGGGGGCUCCUCGGCGGCCAAGAGCGCCCUGCACCCGCCUCCGUCCUCCCCGGCCGACCUGGCCCCCGUGCACAAGAGCCUGCGCUGCAGCGGAGGGGCCGACGAGCCUCCCGGGACGGAGCGGGGAGGGCUGGGCUUGCCCGCGGUGGCGCACGGCCCGGCCGCCGCCGCCGUACGAAGCUACCCGGUCAUCCCGGUGCCCAGCAAAGGUUUCGGGAUGCUGCAGAAGCUGCCCCCGCCGCUCUUCCCGCCGCCCUACGGCUUCCCCGCCGCAGCCUUCGGCUUGUGCCCCAAGAAGCAGGAGGACUCCCUGGGCGGGCCCGGCGGCGACCCCAGCAAGGCGGGAGCCCUGACGCAAGGCAUGUUCUGGGCCCCGCCGCAUCCGCAGCCGCCCCAGCCGCCGCCCCCGCCGCCCCAGCAACCCGGCGCUGGGGUCAAGGAGGGCGGUGUCUACCCCUCUUUCCCCAUGUUCUGGCCGGCCUCCGGGAGCCUCCCAGUGCCGCCCUACCCCGCCCAGAGCCAAGCCAAAGCGGCCGCCACCGCCGUGGUGGUCGCCGCCGCCGCCGCCGCAGCAGCAGCAGCAGCAGCCGAACCGCUGGGGCUCCGAGGCCACGUGGAGCUGGAGGGCUCGGAGCCGUCUGGCAGCGAGCGGAGCAGCGCCACCCCGCAGGAGGGCUCCGGCGCCGCCGAGGCCGAGCGCUGCCCCAGCGCCCUUUCCAGAGCCGCCGCGGCCCUUGGGGAGGAGGAGCGCUCCGGCGACGAGGCCCUGCUGCCGCCCCUGCCGCUCCCCAGGAAGGGCAGCUACCUCUCGGCCUUCCGCCCGGUGGUGAAGGACGCCGAGAGCAUCGCCAAACUCUACGGAACCAGGGAGGUUUACGGCGGCCCCAGGGGCUGCCCGGGCUACCUCUCCCCGGACUUCCUCAGCGAGGGCAGCUCCAGCUACCGCUCCCUCUCGCCCGGGAACGAGACGGCGGGAGAGCCGGACGUGGACGUGGAGUCGAACCGCUUCGCGGAGGACGAAGACGAGGAAGACGAGGCGCCGGGGGGAGACGUCCAGCACUCCCCGCCGCCGCCGCAGCUGCUCCUGCCCGAGGCGGACGAGUCUCUCGCAGCAGCCCCGGGGGCAGGCCUGGCGACGGCCGAGAAGGCGGCGGAAGCGGAGGAGAGUCCCUCAGAGAGGACCAGCAGCCGGGCUGGCUACGAGCUCCGGGUGGUUGGCACCCAAAGCGUAGCUAUCCCAGCCUCUGUCCACAAGACGAUCAGCUUCGAAUGUCUGUUUCCAUCGAAUUUCCCGUUGUUCGCAUUUGAACAGUGGAAAUUGGGAGUCAGCUCCGUAGAACUAGAGAGUCUAAACCCGGAUUUUACCUUGGAGCGGAUUGAAAUACGAUUACUGGGGUUGGCCUAUCCUCCAGGGAGGGACGAGUGUCCGCAGGCGCUCAAAGCCGGAGGCCCACCCAUCACUCCCUACCACUGCGCCCCAGACAAAAACGAUCCAGAGCACGAAGACAAUCACUCGGCCGCAGAGGAUCUGGAGAGCAAGAAAACCUCCCCGAAGCAAAGAAGCGUCUCGCAGCCCAGCCCGACUCACGCCGAGCGAGGUGAGGAAAUGACCAUCCUCGACGUCACCGGGACUCCGUUGGGAGAGAAGGACCUGGGCGCUCUGGCGAGAGACGAGCUGCAAAGGCUCCUCCUGGAGCAGAUGGAUCUCAGGAAGAAAUUGGAGCGGGAAUUCCAGAGUCUCAAAGAUAACUUCCAGGACCAGAUGAAGCGCGAGCUGGCCUACCGGGAGGAGAUGGUGCAGCAGCUGCAGAUCGUGCGGGAUACCCUGUGCAACGAGCUGGACCAGGAACGGAAGGCCCGCUAUGCCAUUCAGCAGAAGCUCAAAGAGGCCCACGAUGCGCUGCACCACUUUUCCUGCAAGAUGCUGACUCCUCGCCACUGCGCCGGCAACUGCUCCUUCAAGCCACCCUUAUUGCCCCAGUGA